AUGGAUACAGGCGCUGGUCGCGGCAAGGCAAACCAGAAGAAACAAUCCAAGGUCAAAGCCCGUAAAAAGGCAGACUACAAAGAACGAUUUGAUGUCAAAGCCCCUCAAAAGGCAGGCAUGAAGAAACAAAGGUUAAAGCCCCUCAGAAGGCAAACCAAAAAGCAGUCUGAUGUCAAAGCCCCUCAAAAGGCAGACAAGAAACAAUCCGUCCUCGACGGUUUCUUUCAAAAGAGUCAGGGCCACAUGCCAAAGACUCCAACUCCUACCACGGGCGGCCAAAGUGCGGAGACCCCGUUCAUCAAGAGCGGUAAGGGCCCCGAAUAA